UUCAUUUCUUCGACGAAGCUUCACUGAUAAGUAAAACAUUUCAACUUUCAUUCGAUAACUAGUGUUUCGUAAUCAAAACUUCUGUGUGCAAUUAAGUGAAAAGUGCCUUCCUCUGGCAAAAAAAAAUAAUCAUGACUGUCGAGAACAACACAGCCUCCUCCUGGUUCCAGUGGGCCUCGGAGCAGAGCUCAUAUUGGGAAGCGGUAUCACGUGGAGGUAACCUCAGUCAUCCGAUCGGUCCACUUACGAUGCUGAAGGAUGGUACCGCGGAAAGUGAAUUGGUAUCUGUUGGAACUAUGCUCUCUUCGGCCGAACUAGGCUUACUUACCGGAGUGCUGAUGACGCUUUUCCUCCGUCACAAGUUCAACCGGAUGAAGGAAGAGUUUGUCGAGACACGCGUGUACAAAAGUGUCAAAAACCUAACGAUGAUCGACGUGCGACAUUUCCUGUUUAUUCUAAUCACAUUUAUCGAGUUUGUUGCCAUAUCACCUAUCUUGUUCUCCAUUUUCUACGGUUUCAAGUGCUACAGAUUGGUAGUAGCAUGUGUUCUGAAACGACGUUACGGGUCACAUUUCAAGGGGCUCCUAGACGGGGCAGAUGUAGUGUGGGCCAUAGAACGGGACAACUCACGUGGCAUGAUCAACAUCAUGGCUUACAUUGAAGAACCCGUUGCAUUGCAUGCGACGAAGGAAAGCUCGACAUGUGCCGAGCUGCUGCUGGUGCUACGAAAACGAAUCUCUUCCAGGCUGAUGAGAUCACGUCAAACCCAGCCGAAAAUGUUUUGGAAGCGAAAUCUGGAGCUGGGCUACUAUUGGUGGAGUGACCUUUCACAGUUGACUAUUGAGGACUACAUUCGUUAUUUGGAGUAUAUUCCUGUUGGCGAGGGUGAACAGUACAUUGAUGAGAGGAAGCUACGUGCAGUGAUGAGUGAAAUCAAUAACCGAAACCUACCUGCUGAACAUAGCUCGUCGUGGGAAAUUUUGGUCGGCAGGCAGCCACUGUUUGUUAGAGAGCGUGACAUGCUGAGAUAUCCAAUAAUCUUCCGAGUACACCACUCUCUUGGGGACGGCGUUGCCCUGCUCCGCCUGCUACUGGAAGGAAUCGUUGACAAGGAAAUGCCCUCCCGCUGGAAGCGCAUAUCGAACAUCAAAAUAAUGAACAUUGAACACAUUCUAAAGGAAAAAUCACUUGCCUCUGUACCAAGCAAAAACAUAUUCUCUAAAUUCAUCGAAAAAUGUCCCUCUCCUCGAGCAAUCUACGAAUGGAAGCAGAAACAUCUUCGGCUGCUGUGGACCAUCUUCACGGCUCCGGCAUUCUUCCAUGAGGUCGCUAAACGCCGAGUUGACGAUAAUUGCAUCCACGCGAGCGACCUUUCCAAUCGUAAAGUGGUCAGCUGGAUUCACGAGGAAGAAACGAGCGGCUCUCGAUGGAUAGAGAUCAUCAAACGAACCAAGCAGCAAGUUCCGGGAGCCAGGUUCUCCGAUGCCUUUUUGACGGCACUGUCCAGUAGUCUACAGAAAUAUUUGGCAUCGAAAUCAGAUUUCGUUCCAAGCAACAUUACCGUAGUGUUACCGACCCGUGUUGAACGAGAAUCUCCACAACUGAAGCUGCAUAACAAGUUCUCGGUGGCUCUUCAAACGUUACCAAUUGCUGCGGGUAUCGAUCUUCAAGAUCCGAAUCGCUUCCAAAACUUUCUCAUCCGCCUGAGCGACGUGAAGCAGCACUCCGAUGUCCUCCGUUCAUCGCCCGACUAUUUGAUCAACUACUGGAUUAUGUCGACGGUGGCGUGCCUCUUCCCCGACCCGAUACUUCGUAAGAUCCUCACAAGCGCACACAGCACCCUGGCGAUUUCGAACCUACCCGGGCCGCAGCAGAAACCAUGCAUCCACGGUUACGAGCUCAAGAACCUCAGCUUUUGGAUUCCGAAUAUUGGCCAAACGGCCGUUGGCCUAACGCUGCUGACCUACGGUGGACGAAUGCAGCUGGGAAUUCUUGCCGAUCGAGCAGUGAUCGACAAUGAGGACGACGCCCACUUGAUUCUCGAGGAGACGAUUGCCGAAAUUGAACGCAUGGGACUUGUGCUGGAUGGAGCUUAGCGGGGAGGAGAGACUGAUGGAAAAACCAAAAUUAUAAGACUGUAGAGGAGGUUGGAAGAAAUGCAAUAAAUAAUGAGUACACUUUUGGAUAAA